AUGUCUUUUAUCGAUCAAUUAAAUCUAUUAUUUUUAUUCAUUAAUAUUAUUACACGAUGUUUAGCUAGUACAUCCCCGCGUGGCACUAGAAAAGAAGUUAAUCAAGUUUUUACUACUGGUAUACAUUUAUUGAAUCUCGAUAGCGAUGAUGAGAAUGAGAAUGAUAAAAAUCAACAUGGAUCAGCACGUCCACAUCCAUCAACACAAGUUCAUGGAACUUUUAAUGACGAUAAAGAUGAAGGACAUGAUACUAGUAGUACGGAUACUAGUAGUAGAUUAUCAGUAAAAUCAUCUGUUUAUCGACGACCAAAUCAAUUUACACUUAGUGAAUCUGAUAGUAAUGAUGAAUCAAAUUUUCGACAUGAACAAAUGUCUGAAAAAUCAGGGAGUACAGGAGAUCGGCAAUCACGAAAAAAAUUUUUUGUUCCUGAAACUCCAGGUUAUGGAUCUGUUUCUUUCGAUGAUUUUUUAUCACCACCAUCACGCAUUGGUCCAUUGGGUUCUGGUCCAGUUGCUUCGUUAAACGAACUUUAUCAUUCUCCAAUUGGUGCUUUUAAUCAAGAUCGUCGUUAUCUAAAAGCUGCAAAAUCUCCAUUAACUCCUGGAAGUAAUUCAGUCGGUGUCAUAUCAGUAAAAGGUCGAGAAAUACCAAGAGAAUUUCUGCAAGUUGUUGACUUUGGUGAUUCAUGUAAUAAUGAAAUUCCACAAUGUGUUCAUGAAAAUGAUAUUGAAUCAUUAUAUAAAUCCGAUGAUCCUUGUAAUCAUAAACCAGAAAAUGGUCUUAUUCGAAAAUCUUCUUGUUCAGCUGAUCCUGACUUAGUACCAUUUGAAUAUUAUAUUGCAGAAAAAGUUGCUCUUACACGUGGUUUAAUAUGUGAUAAAUCUUAA